AUGCUUCCUAACAGUCGAGAAAAUGUGUCAUACGCCCUGGGUAAAGAUCUGAAAGACGUUUUUAAAAAGUAUUUCUAUGUCUUUACAAAGUCAUGUUAUGUGACUAGCGGGGAUGACUUGAUAAAAUGGGACUUUCUGGGACCGUUUUUUAUAUCGAUUUUGUAUUCACUGUAUGAUGUGUGUAUGCGUCAAAUUAAUAUUAAUAGGAGUGUGUAUCGGCCAUGGAGAAAGGAAAACAUAAAUGAAUAUAACAACGGAUUCGUCCUUUUCUUCUUACUACUGUGGAUUGGACCAAUAUUCUGCGGAAUCAACGCAUCAUACUUCGGGUGCUAUGUGUAA